GACCGCAGUAAAAAAGUGUGUGUGUUUGGGGGGGGGGGAAAGAAAACUCGAUGGCGGUGCAAACGGCGCCUUUGCCGCCUCCCCACCAUCACCCGUUCGUCCCUUUCGGCUUCCCGACCGGCGAGAGUUGCUACGGCCCCGACGAUGUCGGCGGCAGCGGUGUCGACGGCGGAGCGUUGCUGUUGCUGGAAGGUGUCGGCGGGGCUAACGACGCCGGCGGGAGUGGUUGUCCCGAAACGUCCGAUUUCCGCGAAGCCACCCGGGACCUGUUGAGGUUCAUCGAUUCGGCGUCGAGCAACAUCAAGCUGGCGUUGGACAAGCCGGGCAAAUCCAAACGGAAAGUCAACCAUCGGAAGUAUCUGCAGAAACAGAUCAAGCGCUGCACCGGCCUCCUCGGGGCAAACGCGGAGACGGCGGCGGCGGCGGCAACAACUCCCGAUCCGGUUCCCGCAGCCGCUACCGCCGCUGCCUCCGCCGCCCCCGCGAACAAGCCAUUCUCGGCCUCGUCGACGCCUUGUAGCGCCGGUGCCGCGGCGGCGGCGGCUCCUUCCUGCAAGCCUCCCCCGGCCAAACGGGAGAGCAAAAGCCUAGCCGCGCUGUUCGACUCCUGCUUGCGCUCGACGCCUUUCCAGUCCGGCGGAACCCCGACGGCGGCCGUUGCAACCCCGGCCGUUCCUGCCUCCGACGGCAAGGAUCGGGCAGGGUCCUCCCAGACGGCUCCUGGGAUCGCCUGCAAGAAAGUCCCUUUGCGGAACCGCAACCUGCCCCGCUCCUUCUUCACUGAGCCAGCGCCCAACCGGCCACCCAACCAUGCCGGCUUGGAAGGACCCGUCCCGUCGGUGGCCGAAGAGCUCUUCGAUCUGCUGGCCGCCCCGGAUUACAGAGCCUUGUUGCAGGAAUCGACGGAGCCUCCGCCACCGCCGCCGUCCGUCUUUCCGGCCGAGCUGCCUCUGGAGCCAUCAUUGUACGAGCCGCUGCCGUCGUUGGCACCUCUGCUGUACGCCGAGACCCCCUUGAGACCCCUGCCGGCUCUCUACGCCGCCGUCGCCGCUGCUGCCGCCGUGUCGGAUCCGACGGCACCCUUCUUUGCAGAUUGCCCGCUGCCGCCUCCGCCGUCGAUGCCCUACGAUUAUGGCUACAAUCGGGGGGUGCCUUACCCCAGCCUUUAG